ACUGCAGACGACGGACGGUAUAACUACAGCAUAUAUUUGUCCUGCUUAUCAAAGUCUUAUCGACUGCAGAGAUCGUUGUUCUGGUCGGAGCCUGGAGCUGAGUGAAGUUCAAUGGCCAGACAGGAAAAGUCUCUUUCACAGGAACUUCGUAGUAGACGUGGCAUCAAUGCACACAAUCAGGCAUCUUCUGCUGACAGUUUGUCUGAUUGGGAAAGCAGCACAUCAGGAGUUUAUACGGGUUCGAAGUCUAAGCGGCAAGAACAAUUUCUCGAACAAGAAAGAAAGCAUUUUUCGGUUUCCAAUUCUUUUCAACUGCUGCAAAGUCAAUCUUUUUCUAUCAUUUUUAACCAGAAUGAACUUGAAGCACAGCAAUUCACCAACGACGUGCUCAUAAAGGGAUUACGUGAUCGAAACUUGGCAUAUUCUACGACUAAAUCGUUUAUGCCUGGCUUGAGAUUGGUUGACAAUGCGAACCACUUUAUUGAGAAAAGUAGUUUUAUACUAAUCGUUGUUUCUGAAAAGCUGAGUGAGGAUGAAAUAGUAGUCCACAUGGUGAGCAUUGCUCUUCACAGAUCAAUAGAACAUCGGAGGUCUUGUUUCGUUGUACCUAUUGUUAUUACAAAAGAUUAUAAAGCAAUUCCAGGCGAACUACGUCAUUUGACAGCAAUUAUCUAUGACGAGAGAGACCCGGACAAGUCGGUUUUUGAACCUCUUGAAAUGCUACUAAACAGCAUUGCAGAUCCUACUGAAAUGCGCGUACAAACAAGCCAAUCAAGGAGUAAGAAGGAAAGAAAAGCUCAAGCGGCUCAUAAUGAACCUGAACUCGAGUCUGGUGAAGCAACGGGGAAAAUAAGUCUACAGUCUGCUGCUUCAUUUCAUCGCCCUCCAGCCAGUUUGCCUGUGAAGAAGAGGCAACAUCGGAGGAGUCGAAAGAGAGAACACCAAAUGCCACAGUCUGAAGGUUAGUUAGUUGGAUUUUUGCAAAAUUUUGAUUGCAACAGCUGUUUCUUAGAAGUGGUACAUUUAACGAAUACUACAGAUAGCCAGGAAGAGGUCAAUGUCGGGUCGAUGCCACACAGCAGUAGACAUCCAUCAGCAAUGAACAUAUUUUUACUUUAUGACAAGCGCCAUUCCACAUCUCAAGAGUUUGUGAGACGCAAGGUUUAUGGUGUACUUAGUAGACAAAUUGCAGUUCAAGAUAAAGAACAUGUGAAGACUAAAGCAUCUGUGCAAUUCAAUGAAUAUGAUGGCAAUCGUCAGCUACUUGGUUGUGAAUCAAGGAAACUGUUCCAGGCAACCAACGAUACUUUAGAACAGUGCAUUGCAGCCAUCAUAGUUGUUACCUCUGACGGGAACAAUCUGAGCUCUGAGCUGGACAAGAUCACACUCCACUCUAUUGGUUACAGAUUUGAGUCAGGAAGGCUUCAUGUUUUCUGUGUUAGAAUCACUGAGAAUGGCAUCAUUCCAACUCAAAUAAGAGGAGCUUUAAUAGCUGACUACUUUUCAUCUGAUGUGAAGGAAAUCUGGCCACAGCCACUUUUCGGGUUUUUUAGUUCAACUGGCUUCUCACCUUCACCUCACUUGCAAUCAGAGCCACAUGCAGAAACGGAUACCUCAGACUUGCAUCUUUAUCACCAAUUAGAUGUCAGAUGCUUACGAGUUCAUCGAAUUUUACACCGAGUGAGCGGCUCCUUGUUCACACCUGUUGUGAUUAUUUUGUUUAUGUUUCAACUCGUAAUCGGAUUGAUUAUUCCUUAUUUCUCUAUUUUCGGAAAUGUAUCAGCUGGGGCAUUUCUUUCAGUCAUCAUCCACGUCUUUCUUCGGGCAGGUCUCCCAAUUGUAAUGAUGAGCAAAUUGAGAGAGUGUACAAUGGCCGCCUCUAGUAGUCUUAUCAUAAAUUUUCAAAAGCGACAUGUACCACAAGUGCGGGAAUUGCUCAAAGGAGUGUACCGGGAGAUAGAAUUGCAAGAUGUCAACGUCAACAACGUAAUUCGCUUUAUUGAAACAAAGUUCGACACAGCCUUGUUUACGACUGUUUAUCACACCAUCAUACACAAUUUUUUGGUAGUGCUGGCACUGUGUUUGAUAGGAGCUUUAAAUUACUCAGCUUAUGAUUACUGGACUGGCAACACAAGAGAAUCCUACAAGUUCAUGAUUAAGACACUAUUGAUUGCAGGAGACUUCUCAUUGGUCGUUAUGCUUAGUCUGAUUGGGUUGGUAAAUGCACUUUUUGUGCAUGAAACCAAACUUAUUAUGUAUUGUAAACGGCUGUGUGAUG